AUGCCUUUUGAACCGUUCAAGCGCGACCGCGACGGAGCGAAGGCGUUCUUGGAACGAAUGAGGAAUGGGGUCUCCAACCAUGAGAUUUUGGCCGAGCUCAAGAAGAGCAACAGAUUUUCAGACCAUGUCUAUGAAUUGCCCAAAGCUCAGAUGACCAAAGCCCGCCUUCCCGAUGUCGCAAAAUACAAACUACAACUCCAUGCAUCCUUCAAUAAGCCCAACCCAAGUGCUGACUAUUCAGAGCAUUCCAAUGUCUACCUUGUUGGACAACCGAACAGAUGGGCACGUCGCUUGAGCCGGACCCCCAGACCCUGUCAUUGGUCUAUCUAUAACGAGGGUCAUUUCUACCAUAUCAAGAUGGCAGACGGGGCUCAGGGAUCGUCGAUAGUACUUCGAGACGACAAAGAUUGGAAAGUUCUAGGUGGUCCUUUUAUUGCGUACCACAUCGGGAUCACAGAUUACUAUCACGAAGACAUCUCUAUUCUUGCAAAGUGGGUGAUCACACAGUUGGAUCAUGAUACCCUCUCUACAGCAGCUUAUGAGCAGUUUGUCUUUGGGCUUGCGAUUCGGAUUGUGCGUGGUCCCGGCACCACUACAGCCUUCAUCGGUAAUUUCUGGCAAAUUAUGGAGCACGACAUUGGAUAUCGUCGACAAGCUCUGGCACCUACUGGAUUUCUCACCGGGGUACAGCUUGCGAGUCCUGUCGAAGAUAUCAGUACAUGGCUCAAGAGAUGGUACCUGAUCUAUCGGAUUGAGACUGAUGCACGAGGACUUGAUCGCUGCUGGAAAAGAGGGAUGAAUGGACAAAUCAGCUGGAAGACUCACGAGUUCCAUCCUCUCAUUAGGCCUUUGGCUUUAGGGCCACCCGCUAUUACGAAUGUUCUUGCGAAGGUGGGACAGCGCAUUCCGAUACUAUCAAGGGCUGUCCCUGCAAAACAUGGCAAGAAAAUGCCUAUGAUGGCAGUCUACCGUCAGCGAAGAGCGACCCCGAUUCCCAGUGGUCUUGUGCUUGUGCAUUACUAUGCAUCAUUGUUCUAUAUCCGUGCUGGACGUAACAUUUCGGACCAUGAUUUCUGGUUCCGGGUAAAUAACUAUCUCAAUUCUGGGUGUAUCAAACACAUCACAUUCAACAGGGGAUUUAGCGACACAUUUAUAUUCGGACCAGAUAUUAUCGACUCGAUACGAUUCGUGGACGGUACUGGAGUUCCCGUCGAAGAGAUGCUGCAAUCGAGUAGUAGCACUAUCGUCGAAAAAGAGUGCGACGAAUCGGAAUCGACCAUGGAUGCUGAGCGAUCCGCUGGAGAUAUACCUCACUCUGAUAUUUUCUCAUUUCCAUCUGAUACAGUGGCUACUCAUUGGUUUGAACACAAGGGAGUCCCUUGCCAGAUUUUUAUAGACAUGACAGAAACUGUCACAUCUCCUGUUGAAAUUUGA